GUUAGCAAUGUAAGAAAAGGAAUAAGAAACACAAAGGGACAAUUCGUUUCGAAGUAAUAUGCAAUGCUUAAGGAGUACUGUUUUGUUUUAUUUUGAGUUUCAAAAAUCAUGAAAUAAAACAUAAACAGAUCACAAAAAUCACGUGAUCAUGGCCGGUGGUAACUAGGCGAUUAUGUACACUAAGUAGCUGUCUAUUGUCCGCUUAUACUUUUAAAACGGAUAUAUCGAUUUCAAUACUAUGUUUAAAUCAUUGAAAUGCUAAGCUGUGUGCAUUAAACUAUGUCAGUUUUGAAAUGGAUUUAAUUAGUUUCAAAUAACAAAAACAAAAACGACCUUUCAUUAAAAUCCGGUGUAUUCCUACCGGUGUUGGAUUUAACAUGAUGGCGACCGCCACAGGACUCCAGCGGUCCGUGUCCGCCGCGACACCACCGUCUCCCGGCCGUCUUCCUAACCUGCCUGUGAUUGAGCACCCGAUGUCACGCCUCGGAGACCGCGCGGACCUUGCUGUCCGGGGAUCCUCUACCCUCGGUCGCCAUGCCGCAGGUUCUCUGACUAGGAGCCAGACGGACGUCGGUUUCAAGCAGUCGCGCCCGGACGUAAACGACGUGCGGAAGAGCACACCGGAAAGGAUUUUGAAUUGGCCGCCAGGUUUACUUCGUGAUGUGACGUUUCUAUGGUUGCACGGUCAUAAAACCCUGGGCACGGGCCGGGAACCCGUCACCCGUAGAUUUAACGAGCACGUGAAUUUUUCGUGCAGAGAUAAGGAAUCAUACCGCACAAACUCUCAUAUAGCUGUAGAUAUUACUCCGCCCUAUCACUACAAAGAAGAACCGUAUAAGGGACUACUUCCUGAUAUACCCGACACUCCACGUGACUACAAUUAUCGACAUGUUCCGGGAAAGGUCGACAAAUACCCGAAAAUUGGACAAGUGCCAAAGCUACCGCCCCUUCCGAGCAUAGACGAGCAAGAAGAGCAUCUGAAGGGGCCGGGCAAGCCGCAUGUGAAGAGCAAGGAGUACAACUACCAGCCACGCAACACACAAGAGUUGAUCGAGGUGAUCCGGGAGAAGUUUGGCACAGGCUACUAUGGUAUCCGGCACCUGUUCCGCUCCAACGAUCCUACCGGAAAGGGAGCCGUGUCAAGGGAGGCGCUGCAGAAGAUCCUGUACACGCUGUGUGGCUAUAUCACCCCGGACCAGUACACCAAACUGCUCAGAGCUAUGCAUCUUGAGGGUAAGACUCCAAUCCACUUCGACACGUUUGUGCAGUUCUUCAAGGAGACCGAGGAUAAGAAGAACUGGGUUAGUGCCUUGCAGACGGCACCCCUGCACCAGGUGGACCCAAGCUAUCCGGAAGUGUACCUCCGGCGGACUGACAUGCGCGUACACGAUCCCUACACAUCAAUGCCUUUCUCCGAUGCCAUAUUUAAAGAGAAGUGCAAGUCCAAGAAUUUUGACGCGCGGCGCGUGUUUCCGGCAGCGGUCUUCGAGGCGGGUGGUCUGAUUUUGCCGCCUCAGUUGCGGGAGGCACACGCUACGCUCGGCAUCUACAUGACGGACGAAGAUUUCAGCAAACUUUGGCAGAGGUACGAUAAGGAAGGGACGGGCGCCCUGCACCGAGACGACUUCUUCCGCGCGUGCGGACUGAAUGCUCAGGGCCGACCACGCCAGGCACCGCCCUACACACCCCGGGGAGCGGCAUAUCCGCGGCCCCGCCCCCACUCCGAGAUAGGCAACACCGCGUGCAGCUCGGGUAAUUCCGCGAUUGGACUGCGGAAAAACGUCAAGACGGACGGAGAUUUGACGGACCGAACGGCCGUUAAUCUUGCAGACACAACCGGUUCUCGGGAGAACAGACAACAUAUAGACAUCCCGACCGGCGCGCAAGAGGCGGUAGCCCCCGCGGGCCGAGACUUGACAGAAAAGGACAAAGGUGUCGGGAAGCCAGAUGCAGUGGCAAACACGGAAAAAAAGAUUGAUAUAAAGAAACUGCCAAAACAAAUUCCAAAGCUAGAGAACAUAAUUGAUUGUCUGCAUUAUAAGUUUGAAGAGGGCUACCAGUCGCUGUUGACGGCCUUCCAGCUGUUCGACUUCCUUAAUGACGGCUGGGUCUCAAGGAUCGACUUCCGCCGAGUACUUGCGGAGUUCGCCCUCCCAAUCUCACCCACCGAGCUCGACCACUUCCUUAAGAGGAGUGGGCUACGGCCAGUCAAAGGGCAAGUGAACUACCGUGAGUUCCUGGGCCGCUACCAGGCAAAGUCAAUGCAGGCACUCACUGCCAGGGCCGCAACAGACUCGCAGACGGUACACGCGGACGGCGGGUCGGGGGCGGACGGGAUGUCGGCGGAAUUGCUAGAGGCACGCCUGGUAGACUUCCUUCACGGCGAUUUAAUAAAGCUCAUUGCGCACUUCCGGCGGUGUGACCGGUAUAACCUACACGUGGUUACGGCACACGAGUUCCGGGCCGCCAUAGAGGCACGACUGGGGUACGCCAUGACAGAGCAACAAUGGGAAACCAUACGACAAGAAGCUGGCACAGACAGGGACGGACUCCUGCAGUACACUAAGUUCAUUGAGCUGUUCGACGUGACGCCAGGGUCGUGGAACCUGCGGGCAGAGGGCGGUAUCCAGGUGGCACAGGUUCCCGCAGCCGAUCUUCCCGUGCCGCCACAGGUAGACCGCCUGCGGGAGCGCGCCAAGACAGAGAUGGUGCCUCCUCCACAACCGCCACCAGCCGACAAUAAGGACAGCGUCCGCUCGUUGGAUGAGUAUGUGCGCAAAAGAGAGAAAAUGCUGACGGCUCGGCUAGAUGAGUUGUUCAAAAACAGAUUUCACACGUUUGACAAGCAUUUCAAGGCGAUGGACCGGCGGAUGACGGGCCGGAUGAGCAAGUGGCAGUUCGGGGCCCUCCUCAAAAUGUGCGGACUGUCGCUGUUGCCGGCGGAACUGGAUCGGGCUUGGGCGACCCUGAACAUCUCCACGGACGGCAUGUAUAGCUACAGCACUCUAAUACAGCACUUCGUUAACUACAAGAUACCACAUGAACAGAAGGAGAACGUCAUUUAUGAAAACAUGUUCAAUAUUGAUGAGGCCGACGAGAUCUGGUACGAGCCGGAAGAUGAUACGAAGGAGCUGGUUGAGGUUGCACGGCGGAUCCAGAGGGAACGGCGCGAGGAGCAGAUGAAGCGUGACCACCUGGCGCGCACCCAGGCACGCAGCAAAAACGAGGACUGGGUGCCGGAAGUCACCACGUUCGAUGAAAGGACACCACGCGCAGUAACCGCCUCCACGUCCGUCUCCUCAGUUCCGACUGUUCCCGCGUCUAGAGCCUCUUUUGCAAGCGUCCAGAGUGUCAGGACGAAAUCACUUCUAGUCAAAAUCCGCACCGAUGUAAUCAACAACUGGGAGGGUCUGAAGUCUGUGUUCAAGUACAUUGACAGAAACGGCACCUGCUACAUACCCUCGGCGGAGAUGAAGGAGAUCAUGACGAGCCUGCAGUUCUCCAUGGACGAGGAGGAGAAGGCGGAGCUCUGCCGCAGGUUCGACACAGACAGGAACGGACGGUUCAACUAUAUGCGGUUUAUGAAGUGCUAUGCCCAGAGAACAGCUUCCAAAGGGAACCAAGGCCCUGCCUACAGCAAGUUCACCCACCAGCUACAAACACAGCUGGAUGUGCGUGGCCGCGUUAAGAACCCAACCGUCCAUGAAGUCAUACAAGUCUUUAGAGAUAAGCUUUGUGCGGCCGAGGGCAGCGUGAGGCGGGCCUUCCGGCGUCUUGACCGUGGCCGCAAGGGACACCUUACCGUCAAUGACUUUCGGCGCGCCCUGUCAGAUACCGGAAUCACCAUGGGCAACGAGGACUUCUACCACGUGCUAACGGAGUUUGACCGGAAUAUGGACGGCAAGAUCGCUUACGACCACUUCCUUGAUACGCUGCUAGCUGUGUAGGCUAAUGUGAAAUCGCUUUAUUAUAUAAGCUGACUUUCUCAGAGUUAUUUAAUUUCUACAUGUUAUGUUUAUGUUAUUGUUUAUAAUAAAGUAACAGUUUUC